AUGCCGCGGGCCAGUUUGAACUUUGAACCUUUACUAUCUCACAGUGCUAGUUUCAAAGAGUCGCAAGCCAAAGUUUGGGAAGGUUCAAGAUCACCGUCGCCGAGGAAGGCUCAGUCGCAACCAGCACCGUUUGAUACAGACAAGGAUGGGAGCAAUCUUAAAGAGUCGGGCUUGCCCUGGUACGAAAAACAUGCGCCAUUGGUGAUGAGUGACGUUGCGAUUCAUCAAAGGAAACUGAAGGAUGUGGAGACUGUUUUGCAAGAUAUGCUGUCGAGUGGUUGUGAGGGUACGAGGUUGCUGUUAUUGACGGGUCCGAGUGGCAGUUCCAAGAGUACCAUUGCCAAAGUACUCGCUAACAGGCUAGUGCGGAACGAACGGGAACUGUUGUGUGCCGCUACGAAGUCUGAAUUUGCCUUGAAUAAACGGGCCAUUGUAGAGUAUGAGAACAGUUUAUCUCUGACGGAUCUUGGUCAAAUGAGUCAGUUCAAAGAAUUUUUGAAGAGUUGCAAGUACUGUGUGGGGCCUUCCAAUCUAUCCGUUAUUCUCGUCGAAGAUCUCCCGAACGUGUUCCAUGCGGAGACGAGACGCCUGUUUCAAAGGGCCAUUGAGGAAUGGUUGUACUCUCCGGAUACGAGACUGCCACCAUUGGUUAUAUGUCUCACAGAGUGUGAAAUUGAAACCGAUUCGAACGCGAUGAACCAGCAGAACUUCAGUGUCGACACCUCUUUCACUGCACAGACUGUCUUUACAAGUCACAUUCUAAACCACCCUCGUUUGAAACAGAUCAAGUUCAACCCGAUCAAUAAGACGUUGAUGAGAAGGACGUUGGGUAAUAUCUGUAUGAGGGAGAGGGAUACGCUGCAGAGGAAUGGUAAGUGGGCUUACCGAAAUAAGUACAUUGGUAAACUGGCAGAGGAGAUGGGUGAUCUAAGAGCUGCUAUUGCGACAUUGGAGUUUUGGUGUGGUACCAAGAGUAACCGGAUAGACCUUAUACCGAAGAAGAAGUCUGUUUCGUACUUCCAUGCAAUUGGGAAGGUUAUACACGGCUCGCAGGAUACGGUGGACGACGAAGUGAUGGUCACUGAGCUGAUCGACACGACUCGAGGUACUGUAUCGAACGAUACUUUUAAGCUUGGACUUCUGGAGAACUAUUCUUCGCACAACAGUGGUGAACUGAGUCUGCGAUCGGCGCUGGACAUUUCAAAUGCACUCAGUCUGAGCGACUGCAUGAGAAGUACACCGGAAUCGCUCGAGUAUAGUAUACGGAAAGUGAGAGGUACGUUGAGGCGUGCACGCGAUACAGGGAGACGUCAUUCUACACUGACUUUCCCACGAGAGUGGAAGUACGUUCGAAACAUGAAGUUGUUCCGGAUUGAGAGCGAUGAUUACAUAAACGUUUCGUUUUACAAGUACGGCCGGCCCGUGCUGUACAAGGACAUCGUUGCCGAACUUGGGUACUAUGGACCUCUCAUCCGCAAGCAGCAAAGUUACAAGAAGAAAUCGAUGAUGUGUUACGUGGACAGUUUACCACCAACUCAGCGCGAUGCGGUCCUGCUUAAGAGUAAGAGCAUCUGUCAAGUUGACGAUGCGGUUGAUGUGACCGGUCGAUUAGGCGGGGACAUCAGGGUGGUAGGUGCUGAGGCGAAGACUGAGUACGAGAUGAGUUCUGUCGACGACCACGAGUUAUCGCUGGAGAGGAGUGUUGCCAAACUGAUGAUGGCAAAGCAGGGAAAAUUGAGGCGACUCACCUCUGGCCGAGCUUCCGAGUCCCCAGAUACCGCUGAGGGGGCCGGUUCACAAGGUGCUGACGCUGGCGAUGGCGAUGGCGAUGAGGUGAGGAACGAUGUGUUGGUGGACAGUGAUGAAGAGAUCGCCGACAAAAGUUUGUCGAACGCCGGGGUUAUUGAGGGAGAUGACGAUGAGGACGACUCGUUGUUGGAGAUGUUAUCCAAACAAAAGGGUUCCAGCAUGGCACACCCCAGUGUGGGUCCCCAACCCCGAGACGAUGUCAAGAAAGAUUUGCCCACUUCGCGCGAUAUUUCUGCCCUGUUUUCGGACUCAGAUCUAGAGGAGCUUGCCGACAAGGGGAUCCUGUGA